AUGAAAGAUAAAAACGUCCCCAAGGCGGAUAUAUCGGAUCUCGAGGCAGAUGCGUAUCCAGAGGGCGAGAAGGCAUCAGAAGAAAGGGGGUUGACGGACAGGGCCGAGGCAACAGAACUUACACCUGUCGAGGCGUUCAAGUGGAACGUCGAAGGAGACCAGUCCCCUUUCCCCGAGGUGGCGGCUUGUGUGCCUAAUACAGACGACCCGAGCACGCCUUGCAACACGGUUCGCGCUUGGGUUCUCUGUACCAUAUUAGUCAUUCUGUUCUCUGCUGUGAACCAGUUCUUCGGUCUACGAUACCCCUCAUUGUCUCUCAGCUACGUUGUUGCACAGCUACUCGUCUUUCCAGUUGGCCGCGCAUGGGAGAAGCUUCCCAGGUGGCGGGUGCCCCUGGGCAUGUUCACCUUUGAUAUUAAUCCUGGCCAGUUCUCUAUUAAGGAGCACGCUUUCGUUGUCAUUUGUGUCAACAUCAGCGCAAGCGUUGCGUAUGCAUCCGGAUCCCUUGUAUCCAUCAUCAGCCCAGUCUACUGGGACCGUGAUUACGGCGCUGGAUUCUCAUUUCUAUACCUUUUGACCACUCAGAUGCUUGGCUUUGGCCUUGCUGGAAUGUCGCGCCGUUGGCUCGUCUACCCAGCCGCCCUCAUCUGGCCCAACUCGCUCUCUUCCACUGUGCUCUUCCGAGCCUUACACGAGAAACAGGAGCACUCGCCUGCCAACGGGUGGACAAUAACCCGAUAUCGGUUCUUCGGCUACUUCACAAUCUUUGCGUUUGGCCUUUUCUGGCUUCCGGAUUACCUGUGGACUAGUCUGGGCACUUUUGCUUUCAUCACCUGGAUCGCCCCUCACAAUCAAAAGGUCAACACGAUAUUCGGUAUGAACUCUGGUCUUGGAUUAUUACCAAUUAGCAUCGAUUGGACACAGAUCACUUACGCUGGUACACCCCUGACGACCCCUUUUUACAUCACCUGCAAUGCGUUCGCUGUCGUUGUGUUCUUCUACCUCUUCCUCUCGCCAAUAUUGUACUACUCAAAUGUGUGGUACAGCGCAUACCUACCGCUCUUAUCCUCGAGCACCUUCGAUAACACCGGCGGAAGCUACAAUAUUUCACGAGUAGUUGAUAGAGAUCUCCACUUCGUAUUGAGCAAAUAUGAGCAGUACUCGCCCAUGUACAUAUCCAUGUCCUACUCACUCUCAUACGCAUUGUCAUUUGCCGCCGUCACAGCAAUCGUUGUUCACACGUACCUGUACAACGGCUCCGAAAUAUGGGCGAAAUUUAAAAAUUCCCGCGCCGGUGGCGAGGACAUCCACAAGCGCCUCAUGAACUCUUACAAGGAAGUUCCUGACUGGUGGUACGGCGUCUUGACAGUGGUAGUCCUUGGCCUUGGCAUCUUUACCGUGCGAUACUGGGACUCGGGUCUGCCCGUGUGGGGAUUCAUCGUGGUGUGCUUCGGAAUGGGCGUGGUGAUGAUUAUUCCCGAGGGCAUCCUGGAGGGGACGACUAAUCAGAGGGUCUUCCUCAACAUCAUAACCGAGUUAAUCGCCGGUUAUGCUUGGCCCGGUAAGCCGAUUGCGAACAUGAUGGUCAAGUGUUACGGGUACAACUCGGUCAAGCACGGAAUGGACUUUGCGCAGGAUCUCAAGUUGGGCCAGUACAUGAAAAUCCCUCCUCGUGUGCUGUUCUUCGGGCAGAUUUACGCGUCGAUACUGGCAACUAUGACGCAGACUGGUGUCCUACGAUGGAUGAUGGGAAAUAUACCCAACUUGUGCGACCCAAAGAACACGCAACGCUUCACAUGCGCUGGUGCCAAGGUGGUCUAUAAUGCAUCCCUGAUCUGGGGAACCAUCGGCCCACAGAGAAUGUUUCAGGCUGGGCAGGUGUACAAUGGCAUCAUGUACUUCUUCUUCAUCGGGCCCAUUGUCACCACAAUCGUCUACAUCAUCUACCGCCGCUAUCCUAACAGCUGGGUGCGCUACAUCAACGUCCCCAUCUUUUUCAACGCUGCGGGCAACAUCCCACCUUGUAACACUACACAAUAUUCACUGUGGUUCAUUUUCGGAUUUAUCUUCAACUAUUUCAUCCGAAAGCGGGCGUUUGACUGGUGGAAACGGUAUAAUUACCUGCUACAGGCUGCGAUGGACACAGGUACUGCGCUUGCGACUGUCAUCAUCUUCUUCGCUCUGACCUACAACAACAUCACUUUGAAAUGGUGGGGCAAUACGGUGGGCGGUGACACAGAUGAUUCGAACUCGACGCCGUGGUUGACGGUGCCGGAUGGGAGCUACUUUGGAAAGGGCCCGGGCCAGUUUUGA